GUGUAAAGAAAAUGCAGAAUAUUGGGCUGGGUAGGCGCCACUGAUCUAGGCACGAAAAAAAAACCAGAAGGUGUCAAAAUCAUCAAGUUGGCAUCAAUGGCAAAAGAUUAAAAAAUUUCACGUUUGACCAGUUGAAUGCGUUUUUAUUUAUAGGCCCGUAGUUUGUUGUGUUCAGUUGUAUUGGUGGCAAAGUAUUUCUUUAGCUUCACCAAUGGUUAUGUUAUUUAUCAUAGUUUUACAUGGAAUUGGUGUUAGACGGGUUUAUUAAUGAGAGUUAAAUUAUAAUUGAAGUAUUGUUCAUAAUAUCGCGACUUGUCCAAAAACUCCUUCGCAUCUCUUAGAUUGUAUCGUUUAACAUUUAUAGCUACUAACAUCAUUAUCAAUUAACGGUAAAAUGAACUAUGCACAUUUUAUUAAUUGUUGAAUGCAAAUGUCAGAGCAGCAAAUACAAACGGCAGCAAAUAUGCCAAACACAUAUAACUUCGACGAACUGCAGCCUAUUGAUGCAGACGAUAUCAUCGACGUUGCAGCCUUUGACUUUACAGACGAGCAAAGAUGGCUUUGCGUGGCUGCAAACUGCCCACCAGAAGGCAGAGUUCAAAACCUGCACGACUGGCUAGUUAAUGGACCAGCGUUGGAUUUAGAUGAAAGUGAAAGUUUAAAUGGUACAAGAAAAUCUAUAGAUACAAGAACAUUUACCAGACCAAAAAAACGAAGUAAUAGGCUAAGCUUUGAAUCAAUUAUAGAAGCAUUAUCACCUUCAGUUGAAAAUGUGUGGCAAAGACCCUCUCCGACAAUAGAAGGCUCUAAUCCUCAAAUGGAAAAUGAAGUCAUCUCAAUAACCAACAGAAGGGAAUCUGUUCCGGCAAUGUUAAAACUAACGCCAGCUGCAGCUGCAAGUUUUUCAGCAAAAUCUGGGGUCUUUAAUGGAUCUGGUCAAGAAAGUAUGGAAGCCUUCUUGAAUUCAUCUCAAUCAAAAGGAAUUGAUUCAUUUAUAAAUUUAACGGAACCGGAAUUCUCAGAUGCAUUAAUGAACGUAUCACAACCUUCAGAUCUGAGUUCGUCUCUUGCAGAUACAUCUAAAGAAUCUUUGCCACACGGAGAAAGCAUUGUAGAUUCUCAAAUCCUCACAGAGUCAAUGAUGAAGACCAGCAUGUUUGGUGAUGUAUCUGAUUCAAAAGAUUUCAAUGAUGAGACCUUUUUAAAAUCCUUCGAAAAUAAUACUACAUUAAAGAAAAGUAAUAUUGAUGAAAACGAUACUUUAAGUACGGAUUUCAAAACGACUCAAAUAGCAAAUUUGAACAGCACUUUCAACACUUUUACAAGAAGAUCCGCAUCCUCAUUGCCUAGACAAUCAUUACCACUGGAUAUCGAGAAACAGACCAUAAAUACUACAUUUACAUCAAUACCGAUUGAUAAUAAGGUCGAUUUGGAUGAAACAUUAAUCAAGAGUCCUAGCCAUGAUAAUAAAUUAUCAAAUGGAUUACGUGGAACUUUGAUGUCUCAACAACAAACAUUGGAAACAAUCAAUAUAACACUUGAUUUGAACCAUGGUUUAUCUGAUCAUACAUGUGAUAGAGAUGCAGACAUCGAACCCAAUUUUUCAUCCAUAGAAAAUAUCAAUAUAGAUACAACGAUAUCCCAUGCAACUAUGAAUCCUAUAUUUAAUGGCCCAACUGCUUUACGGAGAGAGUUGCUAGAACAAGUUCAAAGAAGUAGCGAACAGAUAUUAGAUUCUACGUAUAGUCAUACAGUUGAGGAUCGUAUGUCCGAUAUUUCUACCAUUAAUCACAAUAACACCUAUAGAAAAAACCCGUCGAAAAUUCGAAACAUAGAUCCAAAUAAACCAGCAAAUUUUGGGGUACCAAUAAGUCAUAAUGAUAAAAAAUAUUAUACUUUUACGAAAAAAACAAAUGUAAAUGUUCCAAAAGCAGAUCUCCAAUCUCAACCUUCACUUGAAAGUUUAGAUAAUACAUUUUGUAAACCUGCCUCAAAUUAUCAGAAGAAAUUGCGAGCCCCACGAGUAUUGUCGAAGGUACCCCAAUUGUUUCAAAAAUCUAAUCCGAACUUAGCUACAAAUAGCUUGAGAAGCUUUGACGCUCGACGCUGUUCCAACAUACCGAAUUCAAACUAUGGAAGAGGAGGUCAGUCAGAUGUUCCAAGAAAUGUUGAGGGCACCCUGAUAAACAAAUUGCUACCCUUAGGGAGGUUGAAAAGUGGAUCAGAACAAAGAUUGCUGGACGUGGGUGGAAGUAUAAAAGAAUUUUACAGCAAAGGAGCGUGUGGAUCAACCGAAAGCAUUGAAAGUACCCAAAGUGCUCAUAGUGCUCCUGAUCUUGACGACAGACUUAGCGUUUGUUCAGACAGUAGUCAACCUUCCUAUAAUUCCCGAGUCAUAAACUCCGCACAACUUCACUACAUUGCGAGAUUACAAGAAGAAAGUUUAAAGCAAAUUUCAACACCCAAACCAAAUAGACGAGUCAUGGAAAAUACUUGGGUUGAAACAGAGAAAGACCUACCAUCUCCAAUACUGAAAGGUGCAUCUAAUCAACGCAAUCCUGAUAUUACUGCAUCGCAUACCGUUAAAACAAGCUCGCCAAUUUUGAGUCCUGUUAGUUCUUCCACUCAACCUGUGGGAACAGCUGCAAAUUACGUUACUGACAUGCCCAAUGUUGUAACAUAUCAAGGCCAAAAUAACAUAAUACGAAAACCAGAGAUGCUGGUUAGACCAAUGAAACAUACCGGGCUGGAGAGUAAGACAAGAUUGAGAGCUCCGACUAACUGGAGUGUUCCCACUAGAAUGUCUGGUGCCGGAAGUGGAAUACCUCGUCCGGCAUCACGCAUUCCGGGACCAAGAUUUUCUCGUCCAAAUCACUCAAAUAAUCAGACUGAUUGGAAAAAAGGAUGCUUAUGAAGUCACCUGACGCAAUUAUCAGUUACAAUACGAUUGUGUUGUAAAUAACGUUGUAACAAACCUGCGCUAGAUAGUGACCGCGUAAUCUAGGUGCUUGAUAUCUAUUUUGUAUGUAAUCUGUAAAUAUAAUGUUUGUUGCCGUUUUCAUCAAUAUCAGACUGCUUGAAUUCUAAUGAUAAAUCAGUAUUAAGAGUGAUCUUAAAAUCUCAAUGCUCAUCUUUUUACACUAUAGCUCGUACACUCAGAUGUCGAUUCUGUAGAAUAAAUACUAAAAUUUUUUUAUUAAAAAUUUACAUGUCGAGCGAAUUGACUACUUGAAUUUCAUAUCAAUAUACAUUCAUAUAUAUAUUUAUAUAUAUAUAUAUAUAUACACACACACACAAUAACUAUACACGUAUACAGCUAUAUUUGCAAGUAUAUAUUUAAGAUCGAUCAGUACUGCUGAAUUUGAACAAAUUAUAAAUAAAUCGGAUCAUGUUGGUACAUGCUCUUUUUUUAGCUUUUGGCAGAAAGAUAACGUUAACAAAGUCGAGUUGGGAUUAAAAACGUAAGCGCUCAAGUCAAAAUCAAUUUUUGGUGGACACCAAUGAGCAGAAACUCACUUAAAGUAAGCAGAGCCUACUCCUAGUGUUAUUCUCGAAUAGAAUUUUAUUCAACCCACGAAAGUUCUAACAAAGUGAGAAAAUAUUUUGGAUCUCACAAUUCCACAAAGCAUAAAACAUGAUGUGUUCAUAUCAUUUCAUGGACAACAGCUUGAUAACUAGUGAUAGUGAUAGUAAAUGCUAGUGUCUUACAAGAAAAAUUAAUUGCGAAUAAUACCCAGUAAUUUUGAUGGUAUCUUAUAGGUAUAUUAUAGACUGUGGGUAUCUUAAGUUUCAGGAUGAAAGUCAUACGAUAGACUAGAUUGUGAAACAAAAUCCAGGCGUGUCAAAAUGAUAAGACUGAAAGCGAAAAAGAUUGCUACUACGAAAAAAAAGUCAUAGCUAAACGAAUUUGUUGUUUUUGCGCUAACUGUCACGUCAUAUUUAGUGUGUCCGUCCAGUCUUUUUUUCAUCUGUUUGUACUCAUCAUGUUGUGCUUACAGAACUUAUUGUUAGAGGAAAAACAUCACCACUACGAUCAUAUGGUCUUACAUUUGCAGGGUUAUUCAUCGUGCUCGGUCGUGUACACUAUUCAAAAUUUUCUACUUUCUUGUUCCCUUGUGUUCAGCUUUGCAUUCGCAGAGAGGUACUUUACCAUACCAUUUGAAUUACAAUUGUUAAAAAAAUCUUCAACAUCUCAGUAAAUGGUGCUCUGACAUAGGAUUCUUUCACAUCAAUCUCAAUAGCUUUCAUAUACGACAAAUUUUAUCUUGCUCUUCACAAAUAUUUUAUAGAUUCAAACAAAAAAUCUCUUAAUCAAUAAUUGAUAUGCAUAGUGUGUUUAUUUGAGUUCAUUGAAAUCUUCGUGUUAUGGAAUUAUUUGUAAGUCUUUAUAGAAAACCUGUUUACGAACUGCUUAUUAAUACCGUCGUAUUACAUACAUAUGUCCUUUACCUCGAGUGCCUUUAGCUAUAGUUUUACCAAAUUACUUUUAGGUAUUCCUAUGAUGAGAAAUUGUCUAUUCAAAUAAUUAUUAUAUGUAUACAAUACUAAUCUACUGCCAUUUAUUGUGCAAAGAAUAUUGUUUCAAUAAUUUUAAUUAUAUAACGAAUUAUCAUAAUCUAUUUUACUUCUUAUCAAGGUCUGCCCAUUAAUAACGCUAUUAGCAUUUACAUUUCGGGUUCAAACAACUUCGACAAAGAGUACAUCAUUUUAAGCAAAGUAGAAGAGUAAGUAGAUACUUUUUAGGAAAAUUUGUGUUUUCCGUACAAUGCUAGGUACUGCGAUUGUUAUUUACUUUCAUUAAACUUUUUACAACUA